AUGAGUCAGAUGCAUGGAACAGCUUCCGGAAGUCAAGAAUUGCUAGUUUGUGAAACCUGUGGAAGACGUUUUGCACAAGAUGUUCUGUUAAGGCAUGAGCUAAUAUGCAAGAAAGUCUUCACCAAAAAGCGGAAGCCUUUCAGUUCUUUGAAACAGAGACUGCAGGGAACUGAAAUUCCCUCAGUGAAGAAACAGCCACCACCAAAGAAACAACCAGAAAAGAAAUCUAACUGGAGACAGCUGCAUGAGGACUUUAUUAAUGCUAUUCAAUCAGCCAAGCAAGUCACAAAAGCCAUGAAAGAGGGCCGACCCCUUCCUCCUCCUCCACCUCCAAGCAUCAAUCCAGACUAUAUUCAGUGUCCUUACUGCUUGAGAAGGUUUAACGAAGCUGCAGUAGAGAGGCACAUCAGUUUUUGCAAAGAACAAGCUACACGACGCAUUUCUGCACCAGGCCAGAAAGCAGGCAAACGGGCCCCGGGCAAGCAACAAAUGACUCAAAGGAGAGAACCAACCUUAACAAGUGCUGUGGAAUCACUGCUUCAGAACAGAGUCCAAGAAGCUGCCAUUGCAGGACCUGCUGUGCACUCCUCUGCUGGAAUGCCAGAGAGAACCAAAAAAACAUCCGGUGUACCCUCUGGAAAAAAUACUUCAGGAGAUUCUCGGGGACACCAUCCUGUGAACUUGCUGCCAGCUGAUGUGAGAGCAAUAUGCAAUCUCUGGUAUCCCUCUGGGGAGAGGAGACCAAGUCCAUCUGAAAUUGAUCAUAUGUAACAUCCUGACAUGUGACAAGGCAGCCAAGCAUGGCCAGCAUAGGCACCACUGAGACUGGCAAACAGGCCAUGAGAAGAUAAAGGAUCCAGAAACACAAGGCCCAGGAUGACUCCAACUGGUUUUGCUCAGAGCAGAAAACUUGCCCGUUUUUUAUAAUGAGCUGGACUGAAUCCUCAGAACUGAGACCAAUCUGCUGGUAGAUACUGCGCAGAAGCAUCUUGAGGCUUAAUUGUGAGGGAGACAGAGGAAGAAAAACAGUUGUUCCAUGGACCAGGAGAUGCCUGAUGCAUUGCUGGGAUCUCAGAAUCAAUUUAGUGGAUCCGGGAUCCCGACCCAGAAGCACAGAUGAAUGAUACCUGAGCCAGCUUGGGAGAAGGAGGAAUCUGGAACCGGGGGCCCGCUACUGCAGGCAUAAAUGAAACCCUCGCAAUGGAGUUGUCAGAUAAUCUAGAAAAAAAAAUACACAGGUAUGGGGCUAUAUACUGUACAGAAUACUGCUUCACACUUAUAUAGUACUUUACAUAUUCAAAGCUAUGUAGAGAUUAAUGUUCACACAAACCUGUGAAGUAGGUAAGUAUCGCUGUCCUCAUUUUAUGGAUUGGGAAGUGGAGCCAGAUGGGUGAAGUGACGCAGCUGGGAUGAGAAUUUGGGAGUUCUUGGUUCCCAGACUGGUCUCCCAAGCUCAGACAUUCCAAACACCCUUCUCAACAUAAUAACAUCGCUUUACAUCUCUUAACAUUUUCCUUCUAAUGACAUGAUAUCUCGAUCCUAAAGCAGCUCAGUCGCUAAAGUCUUUGCAUAAAAGAGAUGGUCUGUUGAGGCAAAUGGGCAGUGUGGGGGAAGCUAUUGUGUGAGUUGUUCUUGUCCUACAGAUGAACACGUCACUCUCUAGGGCUUUCCAUGGAGGCCUUCUUAAGAACACUAAAUUUACAUAAAAGAAAAUCUCCCCCUGAUCCCGCCCCAAACUCCUACUUUAAAAUAAAUAUGACACAAAUCUUUAGUAUUUGUAGUGUUCUGAGAUUCUAAAGAUAAAAAUUCUUACUGGAUACAUGACCUGUGGUGCCCUUAAUGAUUCAAUACAAAACAGGGCCUGUGUUUAGGCUGCUCCUACAUUAAAGCUUUUGGGAAUGUUAGAAGCUAUUUUGAAUUUAUUGACAGAAUUAAAAUACAUUACCUGAUUACCUUUUUCAUUAGAAUGUUUUAAUCAUCAUUACCUCCUGCCAUCUAGGAGCUCUACUGACACAGGUGAUUCAUGUUACUUUUUAUUUGAACUUGAAGCACUCUUCAUUAACUACAAGAAACUAGCACCCCCCUAGAAGGCACAAUGCUGUAUUUUAGAAUAGCUUGUAAGCAGAAGAAGCUAAUCAGCAACGGCAGCAAACUAAAAAUCACAGGAUCUUUGUGAAGUGGUUUACGGGAGAUGAAUGAACCCUGAAGGUUUUCUUUUGAAAAAAAAAAAAAACAGUUUGUAGUGUGGCAUCUUUUUUCCAAUUUGCACGAGUUCACCAUGCCCUGUCACUUGAUGGCACUUUGACACCUGAAGACUUUUAGAAAGGAACUAUAUACAAUUUACAAAAACAAACAAAACAAA